CCUCUCCUCUUCCACCAGCAGGCGGACCCAAGAAGAGCAGAGUCUGACGCGCCGGGAGGAGACAGCGAGAGUUCCCGGCCCUGACCGCCCGAAACGAAGCGGUGGACGAGGGAGGGGAGUAGCCGCUCGGCGAUGGCUUCGACGGCCGCGGCGGUGAUCCCUGACGGGCGGCGGUGGGGCAAGGGCGCGGGAUCUCCGUCGUCGCCGGUGACGACGGCCAUCUUCCUCUUCCUCUUCGUCGUCGUGGUCGGCGUCCUCGUGUCCGCCCGCUGGAUCACCACCACUACUCAUCUGGCAAUCACAAAUCUGGAUCAGUGGCGCUCAAAGCCGGCAAUUCUGACCGCGACGCAGACCACCUCCAUCCCGGCCAUCCCCACCGCGCCGCCGCCGCCGCGGGCGACCUACUCCCUCUCCUGCUCGGCGCCGCCGCUUCCCCGUGACCCUGACAUACCCAGCAACAUUUCCCAGACCCUCGACCUCGUGCUCUCCUCCAACGCCUCCUCCACCUCCACCUGCGCCGCCAUCCCCGAUCCGCCGCCGCUCCCCGCCACCGCCAACGCCUCGUCAACCUGCCCCGCGUACUUCCGCUACAUCCACGAGGACCUCCACCCAUGGCGCGCCGCGGGGGGUAUCACCCGCGCCAUGGUCGACCGCGCACGCGCCACCGCCAACUUCCGCCUCGUCGUGAUCCGGGGCCGCGCCUACAUCGAACGCAUCGCGCCGGCGUUCCAGACGCGCGACCUCUUCACCAUCUGGGGCAUCCUGCAGCUGCUCCGGCGCUACCCCGGCCGCGUCCCUGACCUCGACCUCAUGUUCGACUGCGUCGACUGGCCCGUUGUGCACGCUGACCAGUACGAGGGGGAGAACGCCACCGUAUUGCCGCCGGUCUUCAGGUACUGCGGUGACAACGAGACGCUCGACGUCGUCUUCCCAGACUGGUCUUUCUGGGGCUGGCCUGAGAUCAACAUAAAGCCAUGGGAUGCUCUGCAGAAGGAAUUGGACAGUGGCAACAAGAGGGUGAGAUGGAUGGAUAGAGAACCUUAUGCUUACUGGAAAGGGAAUCCAGAUGUUGCAGCUACAAGGCAGGAGCUCGUUAAAUGUAAUGUCUCCAGUGAGCAUGAAUGGAACGCACGGAUUUACAAACAGGAUUGGCUCAAAGAGAUCAAGGCAGGAUACAAACAGUCAGAUUUGGCUAGUCAAUGCACCCAUAGGUACAAGAUUUAUAUUGAAGGAUCAGCAUGGUCAGUCAGCGAGAAGUAUAUUCUAGCUUGCGAUUCAAUGACACUAGUGGUUAGACCAAAAUACUAUGAUUUCUAUUCAAGGAUGCUGAUGCCCAUGCAACAUUAUUGGCCAGUUCGGGAUGACAAUAAAUGUAUCUCAAUCAAGUAUGCUGUUGACUGGGGCAAUUCUCACAAACAGAAGGCACAGAGAAUAGGAAAGCAAGCAAGCAACUUCAUUCAAAAAGAGCUCAGUAUGGACUAUGUAUACGACUAUAUGUUUCACCUCUUUACUGAGUACGCCAAGCUCCUAAGGUUCAAGCCAACCAAACCACCUGAAGCUGUUGAGGUCUGUUCCGAAUCUUUGGCUUGCCAAGCUGUAGGCAAUGAGAAGAAGUUCAUGGAGGAUUCCAUGGUGAGGUCCACCAGCGAUGCUGGUCCAUGCGACCUACCGCCUCCUUUCAGUCCUGAGGAAUUCAAAGCGCUACAACGUAGAAGGGAGAAGUCAAUGAAACAGAUCGAAACAUGGGAGCAGAAAGCUUCCAAGCCCGUGGAUAGCAAGCCAUGAGGGCUUCAUGCAUUCCAGCCCUAAAGAGAGGUUCAUAUAAAAUGCGUGGUACAUAGCCAAUUUUUGUAAUGGCAAUAAUUACAGGCAUUUUGUUAUAUGAGGAUUGAAUCAAAUGUGUUUAACCUA